CAGAAAUACUUGUUCGAACAGAGGCAAUAACUGAACAAAAAGCAGUAGCACAGGAAAAACGUGCACUCGAACUUAAUAAUAACUCCUCUGCACUCACCAUACUACUCCAAAAUAAACUUAAACGCUCUAAAUCGAGAGGGAGUAUAUUCAUUAAAGGCAAACAAGUAUACGAAGAUCCCAAACUUAUCACAGAAUUAUUUAGUGAACAUUUUUGUUUCUCACUAACUAACGAAAAGCCAUUUAAUGAUUCAGAAGCAAUCCCAGUAACUCUCUGUGAAAUUACUAAUGUAGAAUUCAGUGAACAAAAUAUCUCCAAGGCAAUCAGUACAUUGAAACACUCCUACUCUGAUGGACCAGAUGGUAUUCCAUCUAGCAUGCUAAAACGUGGAGGUGAUGAUAUGUGUGUUUAGCUUCUCAAACUAUUCGCGAUAUCACUCUCUUCAGCGUGUUACCAUACUGUCUGGAAAACUACACAUAUCAUUCCCAAAAUUAAAACAGGACCUGAAGCAAACGUUGAAAAUUACCGGCCUUUAAACAUAACUUCAGUGGUAUCCAGAGUGAUGGAAAAAGUUAUUAAGGCGGCUGUAGUCCAACAUCUACUAACUAAUAAUCUCAUCUCGACCUCCCAGCAUGGAUUUCUUAGGUCCAGAUCAUGCAAUACAUGCCUAGUAGACUACCUGAAUGAUAUAAUUCUGAAACGAGACGGCGGACUCCUUGUAUCAGUUAUAUUCUUAGACUUUAAGAAAGCCUUUGAUAAGGUCUCACACAAAAGGCUACUCGUCAAACUAAAGUCCUUCGGAAUACACAACCCACUGUACUCAUGGUUUGCUUCGUUCUUAACAGAACGUAAACAGAUGGUAAAGUAUAAUGACUGUCUCUCGUCCCCUAGACCCAUCACCAUUGGAGUCAUCCAGGGAAGCGUAUUAGGUCCACUUUUGUUUCUUAUGUAUAUAAACGAUAUAUGUAACACCAUAGAAUUUGGGAAACCAUACUUAUAUGCUGAUGAUCUCAAAAUAGUAUACAGCUAUAAGCCUGAGACACUAAGCGAAAGUGUAUCCCAGAUCCAAAAGGACCUCAAUAACUUAACUAUAUGGAGUGAAAAAUGGCAAUUACCAUUUAACCUCAACAAGUGCGGGAUCAUGCACUUUGGAAAGCAUCCCUAUAAACCGCGACUUCACUUAAAUGAAUGUAUAGUCCAAACACUCGAAUCAGUACACGAUUUAGGAAUUAAUUACACAGAAAGCCUGAACUUUGAAGAACAUGCCUCCUCUAUUAUUUCUAAAUCUAGACGGCUAAUUGGUUUUAUAAUGAAAAGUUUUUCACAACAGAGGGUAAACUUACUCUCUACAAAAUAUGUGUACGACCCUCCCUUGAAUACUUCUCUUUUGUCUUCUCUAAUAUGAAUAUCGCAGACAAGAUAAGAGUAGAAAAUGUUCAAAGACGUUUCACACGUCAACUACUAGGAUGUAACUCGAAUCUCGAUUACACAGACAGAUGUAAGCACCUAUCUUUAGAACCUUUAUGGCACCGUAGGCUAAAAAACAAUUUAAUAUUUCUCUGCAAAGCGAUAUAUGGGCUCUCCUUUCUAACCUCCUGCCCAACUAUCACCCACGACCCAGCCUAUAGACUUAGAAACAACGCAUAUACACUACUUACCGUAAAACACCAAAAACAAACGCGUUUUUUACAGUAAGGUAUAGUUUAUUGUGGAACAGGCUGCC